CCAUUUUCCAACCCUGCCAUGGUUUCUGUGCUUCAGCGACUACGGGGAAGGACAAUCUGCCCAUUCCCGCCAUGUUCGAGGCUUAGGAGCUUCCGUUCUGAUGCUUCCUUGGAAGCCAUAGCCAAAGCUGCAGAAGACAGAGUUCCCAAUGUGGUGUUCUACAACUAUCCUUCGUUUUCUGGAGCUUUCUCAGCCCUCUUUGCACGCAUGUUUCAUACUCGUCUUCGUCUCCCUUGCCUCAUUCUGCCUUUCUCUUCCGCUGUUCCUUUCAGGAUCGAGGAUUUGUAUGUUGAAGGGCUUGAGCGAUGCUAUUUUCUUGACUUUUUGGGUCCGAAAGGAUUUGCUGCCGCGGUUUCACGUCGAGCCACUUGUGAGGUCGUAUGUUUUGAUCAUCGUAAAUCAUCACUUCCACAUACUAUCCCUACGGAAGAUCGCCCUAAGAAUCUGUCAAUUCGCGUAAAUCUUGAGAAGAGUAGCUCUACAGCUGUGUAUGAAUAUUUCUCCUCCAGACUUAAGGAUAUGGAAACUCCUUGUGAUCCUGUUGCAGACCUUUUAGAACUGAAGGAUAGAAGCCGAAUUGAAAUGGUUCUCAAGUACAUCGAGGAUGGGGAUCUUCGAAGAUGGAGCUUACCUGAUAUUAGGGCAUUUAACAUUGGAUUCAGUGAGUGGCGAUCGAAAUUGAACUGUAUCACUAAUCCAUACAUCUAUGAACAGUUGCUGGAGAUGAAUUAUUUGGAAUUGAUUGCUAAGGGAACUGACUUCAUCGCUUCUCGUGAAAAUGUUGCAAAACAAUUCCUAGACAAGGCUUUUAAAAUUCAUCUGGGGAGGGGAUUUUAUGGCGAGUGUCUGGCAGUAAGAGCAGAUGGGAAUGCCAACUUGAGCGAUGAAAUUGGGAAGCAACUGAGUUUGAGAAGUGCUGCAGCUGGAUUGAGGCCUAUAGGUGCUGUCAUAUACAUGCAACGAAAAAAUCUUAAAAUGUGUUUGAGGACUACGGAUGGUGCUACCGACACAUCUGAGGUCUCCAAAGCUUAUGGUGGUGGGGGUUCGCCAAGUUCAAGUUCUUUUAUGAUCAGGAUGGACGAGUACAAUAAAUGGCGAGUGGUGAAUUCAUCCUGACAAACUCGGGGUCAACAACAGGUGGAGCAAAGAGGGGAUUCUUUAAUCCCCAUCUCGGCAUGGACAUCUCGACAUGGACAUCUCGACCUCAUUCCGACCACCAUCCCCACAGCUAAGCAUAUCUAACUAUGAAGAUCAUACGAUUAAGUCGUCGAAUAAGUAAGUGCACCUUGUAUUAUCAAUUCUUUUAAGUUUUUCUAAAAUAUAAUUUCAUAUUCUUACGAUCAUUCUCAUUAAGGCGUGGUUUCAGUUUAAUUAUGUAUUCUUAUUUUAUUGGGGUCAUAUGCCCACUUGCUCCACCUUGAUUCGUUCCUAAACCAAUUCCUAUUGUGAGAUAUUUUACUA